UACGGCAAGCAAAGGUAGUCAGAAAGAACGGUGCUGAGUAAACAUCAGCAGGACUUCAGUUACUCCACUGUGCCUGAAUAAAUAGAAGGAACAUUUACGCGUAAACUGUGAUUCAUAGCAGUGUAAUGAGAUUGAAAGAGAGGUCUGGGCAGCUCAGAUUAUGGAGCUGGUUCUUGCUCUGCUCCAGCUGUAUGCUGUCUAUUUGGGCUCAUGGAGGACAGCAUGGAGUACCAGCUGCUUCAAAUCAAGAUCCCCCGCCAAUCAUCCGGCUGGACAGGAACAUGGUUCAGGAUAAAGACCACAUCAUGGAGCAUUUAGAAGGGGUGAUUGAAAAGCCGGAGUCGGACAUGACGCCUCAAGAGCUGCAGCUUCACUAUUUCAAGAUGCACGACUAUGAUGGCAACAAUCUGCUGGAUGGACUUGAGCUUGCCACUGCCAUUACUCAUGUGCACAGAGAGGAAAAAGGAGAUGAUAGCCAGCCAAUGAAGGAAGAGGAUCUCAUCAUUCUCAUUGAUGACGUCCUCCGAGACGAUGACAAAAACAACGAUGGCUACAUUGACUAUGCAGAGUUUGCGAGGUCUCUGGAGUAAAAGACGACGGGAACAACCGUGGCCUUACUGUGAAUGCAGAUUACCUCUGGUGUACAAAUCUCCAGCACAUUCCUUCAUGCGUGCCUGCGAUUUCACAGGCGCGGUAUAUUCAUGCUUUAGUAUAACCGGUAUAAAAUAUGUCGUACAAUGAAAUCACGUAGUGACAUGAGAUGCUUUGUGUUAAUGCCAUCUGUGUAACAUUAAUUCAUUGUUGCACUCACAUCUGCAUCUCUUAUCAGAAUGGGCCCUUGAUGUUUAAACUGCCAAAUUUAUAAGCUAUAAACAAGCAUAUGUUGUUAUUAUUGAAUAAAUACUUUUGCAGUGACACUCUCCUGCAAAGCUGAUGGUUAAAUGAAGCUAAAGUGGGAUGUAAUCGCUGCUCUGCUGUUGAAUGAUGGCAAACAUGCACUCUUUCUGCCUUAAAGGGAUUAUCACUGUUAAUGUCAUUAUAAAAAUACCCAUUCAAAAUGAUCUGAAAGGACAUAACUUUCACAUGUUGAGCACAGAACAUCUAGUGCAGAUUUGGGUUUACCUAGAUUUACAUUGAAAUUUGCAAAAUGCUUGUUCGGACCUGGAUGAAUCCCAAUGUAGAGCUUUGGUUGGAUUUAACAGCUACCAUCUAUUUGAUGAAGUUGUCCAUUUCUAGAACAGAAAUGUCCACUAAAACAUCAGGGUGAACUGAUUUUCAGCUUGCUAUAGAGUCUGAAUGUACACAAAAUGUCAUAUGGGUCAAUGACAUGAUGCUGUUUUUGUUAGGAUCUACAGUAUUAUGUUAUUCAGAAAAACAAUUAAAUUUAAAGUGACUUUAAUGCACUUCUUCCAUAAUGAACAAUCUUUUUGAUAUUUUUUUGAGGCAUAAAUUAAAAAAAGCCGGGGUGAUGCUAUUACCAAUAUGAUAAUGAAGAAGAAUGCCUCAAUAUUAGAAAUUAUUGAAAACUGAAAAUAGUUUGGUAUAAUAUUGUUAGUCCCUAGAAAAACACGUUUCUUACAAAACUGUUUAUUAUUAUUUGUUGUGUGCCAAAUCAGUUGUUUGGUUCAAGCAAAAUGCAGAAAAAAGCUUCCUUGAUAAUGCAGUGGGAUAAAAGUUUGUAACCAGCAAAAAGCACAUUUCUAAGACCUUGGCACGGAUGUUUUCAACAAAGUAUUUCAAAGAUUGCCAUUGACCCAUGUCUGUUUAUUUUACAUACUAUACAUAAAAUGGCAAGAAGAACAGCAUUUGACAAACCAUGUGUAAUUUAUUUCUACCAAAUCUGUAAAUCGUUAUUGACUGAAUAGAAAUGUCAUUUAAAAGCUCAUAGAGUCUAUUGUACAUUUCUUAUGAGAUGAGAAUGACAUGUUCAUAAUGAUCCUUAUUUAAAGUCUACAGUGUAAACAGAACCUAGUUUAAUUGUCACAGUUUAGUAUUGAUAAAGAAAAUCAAUAUAAAUGUAGUUAUUUUGUCUAGAGAGAUAUAGCAAUAAUUGAGAGAAAAUAUGUUACGUGUGACUGCAAAUAAUAAAGACAGAAAAUGUC